GGCCCAAACUUGUUUUCUUCUUCUCUGCUCCAGAUUUCUCAGUCUGCUGCCUCACUGCAAUCUUGUUCAUGGUUUUGUCAUCAUAAGCUGAAGGGCAGAGAGAUAACCAGAGAGAUGGUUCUCACUCAUCUUCCAAGACUCCGCCUCUCUAUCUUCACUCAUCCACCGUCUCCCCUCUACGCUUCCUUAGACUUCAAUCUCGUACCCAGACUCAAGCUCCCCACCAUUGUUAGACCCAAAUCCAGUUUGUCCACAACUGAGCCUGUGCCCAUCUCUCAUAUUUCCUCAAACGCCCAUGAAUUCUUGGCUUCCCCAGAGGAAAACCAAAUUCAAAUUUCACUUGACAAGCUCUUUGUGCCGCCAGAGACUGAGGUUUCUCUCAAUGAUGCUUCUCUGAGUACAAGAAUCUUGAAAGGGUCCAACAUAGUAUUAAGUAAGUACGCGAGGGAUGCGCAGGUUGUGCAGGCUGAGUUCGUCAAGAGCAGCGUGAGAACUGAGGAUUGCCCCGCUGAUGGAUUGCCUGAGUUUGCGCUUGUGGGAAGGUCUAAUGUUGGCAAAUCUUCACUUCUCAAUUCUCUCGUGAGAAGAAAGCGGCUUGCUCUUACCUCUAAGAAACCUGGGAAGACACAAUGCAUCAACCAUUUUUGGAUAAAUGAUAGCUGGUACCUUGUGGAUUUGCCUGGAUAUGGGUAUGCAGCUGCUCCCCAGGAACUUCGGACAGAUUGGGACAAGUUUACUAAAGACUAUUUUCUCAAACGUUCAUCUUUGGUCUCGGUGUUCCUUCUUAUAGAUGCUAGUAUCCCUGCAAAGAAAAUUGAUCUUGAAUAUGCCAGUUGGCUGGGUCAAAAUCAGAUACCCAUGACAUUGAUUUUCACCAAAUGUGACAAGAGAAAGAAGAAAAAGAAUGGAGGGAAAAGGCCCGAUGAAAACGUGGGCGAUUUCCAGGAAUUGAUAAGUGGCUUCUUUGAGACACCACCCCCGUGGAUUAUGACCAGCAGCGUUACGAACCAAGGUCGUGAUGAGAUACUACUCCACAUGGCUCAACUGCGGAACUACUGGCUCAAACACUAACAUAAGAUUAAUGCAGAAUCAAGAUUCUCUUUUUCUAGACCUACUGGUUUGUCUUCGUAUAUUUAAAAACGUUCUGCAUUAAUUUGUUGUACUUGCAACCCAUUCUUGUUGAGUGUUUGCUUUUUCUGCCAUAAUUGGCCUCUUAAUCUGGAUGUCAAAUUCCAAUAUUUUCUGAGAGGCGACCAGAAAUUGAUAUAGUCUAUUCAUUCAAGUUCAUUUC